AUGAACUGGAAGAAGCAAUCAGAGAUUCUCGAACUUCGUUCACACCCUGAAUUAAUCCGAAAUAUAUCUAUUCUCGCUCACGUUGACCAUGGUAAAACUUCUCUUUCUGAUAGCUUAAUCUCUUCUAACCAGAUAAUAUCCCCAAAGCUCGCAGGAAAGUUGCGUUAUCUUGAUUCCCGUCCCGAUGAGCAAGCAAGGUGCAUUACAAUGAAAUCAAGCUCAAUUUCCCUUAUUUACCCUAUGCAAGAAACCUCCUACCUUAUCAACCUUAUUGAUUCCCCUGGACAUGUCGAUUUCUCAUCUGAAGUCGCAGCCGCUCUGAGGGUCUGUGACGGUGGCCUGUUACUAAUAGACGUUGUCGAAGGGUUUUGUGCACAGACCUACACUGUGCUGAAACAGAGCUGGGACGAGGGCAUAAGGGUCUGUUUAGUUCUAAACAAAAUCGAUAGGCUCAUAAACGAGCUGAGAAUGACCCCAGAAGAUGCAUAUAAGCAUUUAAAUUCCAUUGUAGAAAAGGUAAACGCAGUCGUCAGUGGGUUUUAUUACGAAAAAAGAGGAAGAGUCGUAGACGACGAAAGCGACGAAGAAAGCUUCUUUUUUAAGCCAGAGCUUGGAAAUGUGGCCUUUUCAAGUGCACUAGAUAGGUGGGCGUUCACAUUGCGAGAAUUCGCAGAUAUUUAUGCGAAAAAAAUGGGAUUCAACCCUAAAGCUCUUUGCAGCUGCUUUUGGGGCGAGUUUUACUAUAACCCGAAAAGCAAAAAAGUCGUCAAAAAAAAAUUCAGCGAAAAAUGCCAGCCAAUGUUUGUACAGUUUGUGCUGGAGCCACUAUGGAGAAUUUACGACUGCAUUAUGAUCAACAAAAACCCAGAAAAGCUGACAUCUAUGCUAGAAAAAAUCGAUAUUGCAGUAUCUCAAAGAGAUAUGAGCUACUUGAACAAUGAGCCGAGAACUACUUUGCAAGCAGUUAUGAGCUCAUGGAUGCCAAUUGAUAAAUCAAUAUUGUCGAUGAUCGUCAGAAACCUGCCAAGCCCUAUAAAAGCGCAAGGGGAACGAAUAAAAGUGAUUGCACCUGCAUUAGAAGAAAAAUGCCCAGAAUUAUUUACAAGUGUUUCUGCAUGCGACCAAGCAGGGCCGAUUUCAGUUUUUGUGAGCAAAAUGGUGUCAAUUGAUCCAAGUAUCCAUAUUAAUAGAAAACCAGGCGAGGAAAUAGACUAUAAUGAAACUUUGAUAGCUUUUAGCAGAGUGUUUUCAGGGACUUUGACGAGAAAUACACCAAUUUAUGUGAUAGAAAACAAAGGAGACGUGAUUGAGUGCUUGAUUGAAAAAUUGUAUUUACUUAUGGGGCAGUAUUUGAUACCUGUAGAUAGUGCACCUGCAGGGACAAUUGUAGGGAUUGGCUCUUUGGAGCACGUUGUGUUUAAAACAGGGACUUUAUCGUCAAUUCCUGACUGUCCUACAUUUACGCCUAUUCCUCACAAAGCGUCGCCAAUAGUAAAAGUUUCAGUACAGCCUGUGAAUUUGUAUGAUAUGAAUAGCAUGGUUCAAGGGCUUCAGAUGUUAGACCGAUCUGAUAACUCUAUAGAAGUGUACGUACAAGAUAACGGUGAGCAUAUAAUUGCUGUAUGCGGAGAAGUUCAUUUACAAAGGUGUAUAAAAGAUCUUGAAGAAAAUUUCGCGAAAGUCCCUGUGACUGUUAGUGAGCCACUUGUGAGUUUUAAGGAGACUAUUGUGUUGGAAGGGAAGCAAUUUACAGAUAUUACUCCGAAUAAGUUGUGCUCAAUGACUGUUUCUGCUUAUCCGAUCCCUGAGCAUAUUUUGAACUUUUUGGAUGAAAAGCAAGAAGUAAUGAAACAAAUCUUUGGUGUUUUUGCUAUGCCGGAGUUAUAUAAAUCUGUAUAAGAAAAUUUAGCAUCUAUGCUAUAUACCAUAUCAAUAUAAUAUAUAAGGACCCCCCCCCCCAUUUGUCCAAUUUUCUAGUGUUUUAUCAUUUGUCCAUUUUUCUAGUUUUUUUUAUAGGAAAAAAAAAAUUUUUUUAGGACCUCAUUUGUCCAAUUUUCUAGUCAAAAUUUUGAUAGAGAAAAAAAAUUUUCAGGACCUCAAUUGUCUCAUUUUCUAGUUUUUUUAAAGUAAAAAACUAGAAUUUAGGGCAUUCGAAAAAAUGCAAAAAAGACUAGAAAAUUGGACAAAUCAUUUUUGACUAGAUUUUGGGACAAAUGAGGUUCUGAAAAAAAAAAAUUCUUAUAAAAAAAAGACUAGAAAAUUCGACAAAUGAGGGUGGGGGUCCUUAGAAAAUUCAAGUGAAAAUGGUAUAAACCUUCUACUGAAUUAAAAUCUGCAUUUAUUGAAGAAUUCAAAAACCUUUUAACCACUUGCCCACAGCCACUAAAAACCUUAAUUGAAGAGCAUCUCUUCUCAUUCGGCCCUCGCCGAGCAGGCAAUAACAUGCUAAUUUACAAAGAAAAAAAAUCCAUACUAGAAUCGUCCGAGCCUAAAGAAGAAACCAAAGAAGAAUCAGAGAGCGGAGACGAAAACGGAAGCUCCACCAAUGCAUCAAAAUUUUCAGGCUGCGACUUUGAUUUGCCUAAUGCUUUUAUCGCAGGCUUUGAUCUUGCCAAUAACUCUGGCCCACUAUGUGGCGAACCCCUUACUCCCCCAUCUAUCCAUGAACGAGCAAAUCAAUUUUGUUCGCUAAUGGAGUAGGGUAGUUUUUAAAAUUUUAUAUAUAAUUUUAUAGUAAAUUUUUUUCAAAUUAAAACUUUCCCCAUUCGUCAGUGUUAGAAAUUUAAAAAUUUUAUGUUUUUCUUUAAGGGUAUACCGAAAAAAUUUCAUAAAAUAUUUUUAUAUUAAAAAAUUGUUUGUGUGUUAUUGGAGGCAGGUUUUUAUCAAGAAUAUAUGAUUUUUCCGGCGAUUUAUCUCACUCACGGAAGGGGAGUUAGAGGUGUCUGCUUUGUUAUAGAAGAAGUCAAAAUUUCAAAUUCAGAAGAAACAAAAGAUCCAUAUGGACCUUUCCAAGGCCAAGUAAUUUGCACUAUGAGAGACGCAUGCAGAGGAGCUGUUUUAGCUAAUUCUCCACGAAUUGUAGAAGGGAUGUAUGAAUGCACGUUUCAGACCACCCAAGAGCACAUUGGACGCCUUUAUGCUGUUAUUAAUAGAAAAAGAGGAAAAAUUGUGCAGGAAAUUUUGACUGAAGGGACUGAUAUGUACGUGUGUAAAACAUUUUUGCCUGUGGUGGAAAGCUUUGGGUUCUCUGAUGAGCUGAGGAUUAUGACGAGCGGAGCUGUAAUGCCGCAGCUGACUUUUUCACAUUGGCAGAUGAUUGUGGAGGACCCGUUUUAUACCCAUAAAACACAAGAGCAGCUGGAAGAGUUCGGAGAGCAGCCGAUAUUGGAAAACUUGCCGAAGAGCAUCAUUAAUAAGGUGAGGAGGAGAAAAGGACUGGCAACUGAUGAAAAGUUAGUUAUUCAUGCAGAUAAACAAAGGACUUUGACUAAAAUGAGGUAG